AUGGCUAGCAGUUUCAAAGCUGCCGCUCGUUAUGGCGCCCAAAGUGUAACUCAAUUGGCCGGAUCCACUUCUGCCCUGCCUCGAACACUCCAGGCUAAUGGACUCCGACGAUUUGCCCACCAGACACAAACCACUCCCCCUACACCUCGUCACCUCCUGUCUAUUGCGGACCUAACUCCCGCUGAGUUUGCCACCCUGGUGCGCAAUGCCUCUUCACACAAGCAAGCCAUCAAAUCCGGGGCCAUCCCGCAAAGCCUCAUCGGCUCGCUCUCCGGCAAGACCGUUGCCAUGAUGUUCAACAAGCGCAGUACCCGUACUCGCGUGUCUACAGAAGCUGCUACCGUCCAAAUGGGCGGCCACCCCAUGUUCCUCGGCAAGGACGAUAUUCAGCUCGGCGUGAACGAGUCGGUGUACGAUACCUCCGUUGUCAUCUCGUCAAUGGUUUCCUGCAUUGUCGCGCGAGUCGCAAAGCAUUCCGACGUAGUUGAUUUGGCCAAGGACUCUUCUGUUCCCGUUAUCAAUGCUCUGUGCGACUCUUACCACCCCCUCCAAAUCAUCGCCGAUUUCAUCACUAUCUACGAGACUUUUACACCCAAGGCACACAACGUCUCCAGCUUGGGACUGGAGGGCCUGAAGAUUGCCUGGGUUGGUGACGCCAACAACGUUCUCUUCGACUUGGCUAUCGGUGCUACCAAGAUGGGUGUGGAUAUGGCUGUUGCUACACCGAAGGGGUACGAGAUCCCCACCGAUAUGCUCAAGGUUAUCCAGAAGGCUGGCGAAGGUGUGCCGGCUCCGGGCAAGCUCACUCAGACCAAUGUUCCGGAGGAGGCAGUCAAAGAUGCUGAUAUCUUGGUCACCGACACCUGGGUGUCGAUGGGCCAGGAGGAGGAGUCCAAGAAACGCAUGAAGGCCUUUGAAGGUUUCCAAAUUACCGCCGAUCUGGCCACUCGUGGCGGUGCCAAGGACCACUGGAAGUUCAUGCACUGCCUGCCCCGACACCCCGAGGAGGUGAGCGACGAGGUCUUCUAUAGCGAGCGCUCCCUGGUGUUCCCUGAGGCUGAGAACCGCUUGUGGGCGGCUAUCUCGGCGCUUGAAGGAUUCGUUGUCAAGAAGGGCAAGAUUGUGGAGUGA